AUGCCGAGCCUCGAAGCAGACGAGUCAGCCUUCACGCAGGCCAACGGCAAACUAGCCUUUGCAAAACCGCCGAGAAUCCUCAUCAUCGGGGCAGGAAGCCGCGGGGCGGCCUACGCCGACGCAACGUCUCUCUGCUCCAACGCCGUCAUCGCGGCAGUAUGCGAGCCCAACGACUUCAAGCGCGCCGAGUUUGGGCGCAGGUACAUGUGGGGACCUGACGAGGAAGCUGGACCGGGGCAAAGUUUCAAAGACUGGCGUGAGUGGAAAGAGUAUGAAAUGCAGCGACGGCAGCGCGAGAAGAAUGGCGAGCAAGGUGUCGUUGGCACGGGCGUUGAUGCCGUGUUUGUGUGCGUCCUAGAUGAGUUGCAUGAGGAGGUUGUGUGUGGGAUUGCGGAUAUGGGGUUGCAUAUUUGCUGUGAGAAGCCGAUGAGUACGACGCUUGAGAGCUGUGUGAAGAUGUAUCAGGCGCUGGAUAAGGGCGCGAGGGAGGGGGGCAAAGAAAUGAUUUUUGGGAUUUGCCAUGUGUUGAGGUACUCGCAGCAUAAUAUGCUGCUGAGGCAUUUGUUGCUGGACAAAGAGGUGAUUGGGGAUGUUAUGAGUGUUGAGCAUGUUGAGCCGAUUGGGUGGUGGCAUUUUAGUCACAGCUAUGUGAGGGGCAACUGGAGGAAGGAGUCCAAGACUGCGCCUUCCUUACUCACAAAGUCAUGUCACGACAUUGACUUUUUGAUGUGGAUGCUGUGUUCACCAGGCGCGAGCGCAAAAGAUGCGGUGCCCCAUCUUCCUUCCUACGUCACUUCGACUGGAUCACUCAAGUUCUUCCGCAAAGACCGGAAGCCAAAGGCUGCUGGAUCGGCGACGAACUGUCUGUCCUGUGCGCACGAGCCAAACUGCGAUUGGAGUGCGAAGAAAAUUUAUCUCGAGGGGCAUUUGAACAAUGGCAACGCAGAUUGGCCCGUCAAGGUUGUCAACCCGGAGAUUGAAGACAUGUUUAAGACGGCUGGGAAAGAAGUUGCUGGCAAAGCACUGCUUAGGAGCCUAGCCGACGACUACACGGCUGAUACUCCGGCCAGCAAAGUGGACGAACGGUCGUGGUUUGGUCGGUGUGUGUGGGAGUCAAGCAAUGACGUAUGCGACGACCAGUGCGUGACGAUCACAUGGGAUGAUGAUGCGAUAGCAAAAGAUGACGAGGGGCUGCCUAUACUGCGUGGGCGCGGUGCAAAGACGGCACAGUUCCACAUGGUAGCGUUUACGGAGAAGCAGUGCGAGCGACGUGGCCGCAUAUACGGCACAGAGGGCGAGAUUGAGUAUGACAGCAGAGAGAUCAAGGUAUACAAGUUUGGCAGUGGGCAAACCAAGGUCCACAGCCCGUAUGUGGCAGGCGGUGGCCACGGGGGCGGAGACGAGGGACUUGCGCGGCAGUUUUUGCUGGCAGCGGACGCUGUGGACUCAGGCGCCAUGGCCGCGGCAGACGCUCAGCGUCGAUACCUCGGGUGCGACUUGGACGAGGCUUUCCGCAGCCAUGCCAUGGUUUUUGCGGCUGAAGAGGCCCGAACGAAGCGCCAGGUGGUGGAGUGGAAGCGGUGGUGGGCUGACCGGGUGGGGUCGCACUUGGAGCAGCGGUAA